AAUAAGCUCCGCGCGUGGAGGCCGGUGAUGGAUGAGAGCCGGGGGGCCGGGGGCAGCGCGGGCUCCCUCCGCACCGCGCCCUCCAGCUCUCCCGCCACGUGCGACUCAGUGCGACUCGGGGCGGGUGGCCUCCUGGCUGCUCAUCUACAUCACGGUCAGCUCCUCGGGCCGGGACUCCUGCCACCACUGGCCGCCCACGCAGCCUCCCCAGGGCAAAAAGCCACCAUGGACAGAAGCCUGGAGCGGCCCCCCCUACCCCGGAGUAAUUAUACCCCGCGGGGCCGGCCCGGCGGGGGCCUCCCUGGGCAGCCCAGCGUGCGCAGUCUGGACUGGGAUUCUCGCCCUCACCCCCCUGGUGAAUCUUCAUUACCACGGAGAGAAAUGUUUAUGAGCAAAUACAGCACGUCCCUGGGCUCAGGACCCUCCCCCUGCGCGCCUUCCACUCGGUGACCCCCGUGCCCCUCAAAGGCGGUGUCCCUGCUGCCCUGACAAGGCCAGGGUGACCCCGCCGCGGAGACCGGGCGGGUGGCGGCGGUGUGGGGUGCCACGUGAUCCUGGGAG